AUGCGCUUUGUCUUAGCGUGCAAGAAAAAUGAAAGGAAUAGGCCUCGGGAGGUCACUGAAGACGUCAUUGUCUGCCAGUUCGAUUGGACUGCUGGCUCGACGCCCACAAAGUGGCUCAAGCCCAAACCAUGCGCGGCAACUGGCAACACAUCGUCACUGUGCCAAGCGACCAGGAAUGGGUGCCAGCGUGUCACCAUCUUCCAGAGGAGCCUGACUGUGAGGCAAAAGUGUGUCUGGCAUAGAAAUCGAGAACGAAUGAAUGACAUAUCUUUGGAGAGGAAUGGCUGGCCUCGUAAUUCACACCAGUCCAGUGAUGAUCCACUGGAAACAGUGGCUGUGUGA